AUGGUUCACCAACCUAUCGCUACACCCGAUGAAAAAGAACUAAUCAGAAUAUCUUCGUUAGAACAACGAAUAAUAGAGUUUGAAAAUACAGUUUUCAAAACAGCUAAUGCUACUUUAGAAAGACGAGUCGCAGAAUUGGAAAAUUCUUUAAAAGAAAUAACUCAAGAACGUGAUAAUUUACGAGAAAUAAUUGCUACUCAAUGGAAAAAUAAUUCGAUUCAUCGUUUCAAUUCUUCUAAACGAUUUGAAUUCGAAAGUGUAUAUGGUCGAGUAUGGAAACUCGUCGAAAAUAUGAAAUCGGAUUGUGAAAUGGCGAUUAAUCAGAAAAUUUCUCCGGUAUCUAAUUUACCUAAAUUUCCGGUAAAACAAAAUCCGAUUAGCAAUAGCAGACCUGGAACUCCAAAAAAUCAAUCUUCCAAAAUUUCUUCACCAGCAAGGUCAAGAGCCUCGAGCGUAUCAAAUAUUUCCGUUCCUUCCAUUCCUUCAAGAUCUAAUACACCUAAUGGUAUAAGGACACCAAGUGUUGUUAGCAGUUCGAUAACAUCUUCAAAGAUGCAGACUCCAUCAAGAAUUCAAAAUUUUUCACCACCAGAUUCUUACACUUCCUCUAGACCAAAUACACCUUCUAAUCUUUCUUCAAGUAUUAUUAAUCCUACACAGAAUAAUUCUUUGUCACAUCUCAAUUCAAAAAUGCCAUUACGAUCAAGGACACCUAUUUGGCCAAGCUGUAAUAAUUCCUCGAGACCUAGCACUCCCAAUAGUUCUAAAACUAUUUCUAACACACCUAACACUCAUAUUAGUAUUGCUGUUACUCAUUCUCCAUUAUGCGAGGACAUUAUUUCAAAUGUACCUGAUGAUGAUCCUAGCAUUCAUUCUAAUAUACAAUCUGGUCUUUCUUCUAAAUCUACUGGUAUCCCAAUGUACACCCCGAUGACCCGCAAACAAGCAAUUGUUUAA